AAAUACGAGAAAGCAAGUUGGAAAGUAACAUGCCUAUAGGUGAACUACAUCGCUAGCAUUGACUGCUGAACAGCGAUGACAUGAUCAGGAUAAUGGCGUAGCAGAGAAUCAGAAACCGAAAGUUUGGCAACUUCAGUUGGAGCCAGGCGACCUUUCAGUUGCAAUGCGGGACGCCGUGUUGAGUUUAACGCAGACUUGAUACAUUUUGUGUCGUUGUAAUGACAGGGUUGGAUUUACGUUGAGAAAUCUGAUAGCUGGAGCCCCAGAAUACAGGUUGUUCAAGUUUAAAAGUGCGGUGCAGAUUGUUUUUCCUGUUAGCGUAGUGACGAUGCACCGAGAGGUGCUGUCCCAGGGGAUUGUGAAAUCUGAAUUUCAAAGGUCUUCAGCCAGCAGUGAUAGGUCGCCUCUGCGGGAAGCAGUAAAAAAUUCACAGAAGCAUCAUGGUUUGAUGGGGGGGCGCAACGUCCACAGAGGAACACCCAAUUGGGUUUACGUUUUUAUUGGCCUUCUUCUCCUCGUGAUAACGGGGAGCUUGACCUUCCUCACUUCGUUUGUCCAAGAGAACAAUCUUCACGUUGACAAUAUUGCGCGUUCUGCGCUCCUAUCGCUCAAGAUCACUGACCUGAAGGAGAAGGUGCUCAAAACAAAGACUGAAUCUCAAGACAUCGUACUGAAGAAUACUCCAACCUCCCUACAGAAUGCUCUUGCAGAUCUGAAGCGUGAGAGGUUACGAAGCCUGAGCGUGUUAGCGGAGAUCACGAGUGAACUUGACGGGAUAGUCAAGCUGCUGACUACACAUUUGAGUAAGAAGGAAGUCUUGGACAUGAUCGCGACGUCAGUUCGUAACAAGCCGUUGGAAAAUGUCUCCAAGGAUGAACAAGAGAUCAAGUACGUGGCAAAAACGACCUCUUCGAUUAUCAGAGCGCAGUCGCAAGAUGACGACUACAACGACGAAGUGGCAACGUCCUCAGAUCCCUUAUACGAUUUCUUCAUGCAGGAAGAAAUCCGAACAUACAUUAAGGUGAUGGAGAACAGAGGGGGGCUCAGGAAUUUUAUGGGAGUGAAUUCAACAUAUGGUGCCAUUGGCCACGCUUGCGUGACCAACAAGCCUCUCCUCGAGAAGUAUAUGGACUACAAAGUCGGAGGUGAUUGCAGAGACGAUUGGUUGAUCGCGCAGCAGCUCAUCAUCAGAGGAUGUGAACCUCUACCCCGCCGACGAUGCCGAGCACGCGGCCCACAGAUGCUCCGAGCGCGGCGGCCGACAAAUGUAUCCCUCUGGACCAUACCUGCUGACGACGACUUCCGGUGGGACAGUUACUACUGCAAGAAUUUCACCUGUCUCGCAGACUAUAAGCACCGCAAGAAAUUCUUCAAGUGCAAUCCAUGCUUCGACCUGCUAGGACACGAGAAGCAGCGCUGGGUGGUGCCAAAUACCACAGAUGCGGAAUUUCUCAUCGAGGACGUGCUAACCAUCAAACCUGGGGAGCUUCGAAUCGGUUUGGAUUACAGCAUGGGCACCGGCACGUUUGCUGCGCGCAUGAAGGAGCAUGAUAUCACUAUUAUCACCGCGACACUCAAUCUGGGAGCCCCUUUCAGCGAGACUAUCGCGCACCGUGGCCUGGUCCCGCUCUACAUUUCAAUUAACCAACGCCUGCCGUUCUUCGAUAACACUCUCGACAUCGUGCACACGACCCUGCUCCUUGACGGAUGGAUCGAUCACCAGCUCCUCGACUUCGUCCUCUUCGACUUCGAUCGUGUGCUGCGGCCUGGCGGACUCUUGUGGAUCGACAGAUUCUUCUCUGUCGAGGAAGACAUCUCUCAGUACGUGCUCUACUUCAAGCGGCUUCGUUAUAAGGUCCACCGAUGGACCACCGUGCCCAAGACCGACAGACCUGAAAGGAAUGAAGUCUACUUCUCGGCGGUUUGGGAGAAGCCUCACUCUCCCUCGAGCUAAAACGCUUCGGAAUCUCGACACUUUCCUCCGACAUUUUUGCAAGUCUCUAAUCUACUCAUCAAUCUGUCGCAAUUCGCGUCGUGCCACACGCCGCAAAUAUACUAAUAGAUUGUUUUUGUAGAGAUCAUUCGCGAUGUUUUGAUGUCGGACAUGUUUUAUGAAGUUCCAAAUACACUUUCAAGUUUGUCUGCA